CCGCCUGAAGCCAGCAGCCCCUCCCUGCUUGUAGCAGCGGGCGAAAAGGGAAAGCUCAGCCUGCCCUUUACGAGAAGGGACGCUCAGCAGCCUGUGCCGCGCUCCUGCCUUCUCUGCGCGCCAUGGUGGUCUAUGAGUGCCUAGCGGUGGGGUUCGCCAUAGCCUGCAUAAUCCAGAUAAUUCGCUGUAUCCGAGCUGACAGCGAUCUCACCGUGCAGUGGGCAGAAUGGUGGGGCAAGAAGCCUGAAAAGGAACUGCCUAGGAAAGUUGUCUGGGUGACUGGUGCCUCCAGUGGAAUUGGAGAAGAGUUAGCCUACCAGCUGGCCAAGAUUGGCUCAUGGCUUGUGCUGUCAGCAAGAAGAGAGAAUGAACUGGAGAGAGUGAAAAGGAAGUGUCUUGAGAUCAGCAGCUUAAGUGAUAAAGAUAUCUUCAUUUUGCCACUUGAUUUGACUGACAGGGGAUCCCAUGAAUCUGCCACAAAGACUGUUCUUCAGCAUUUUGGAAGGAUUGACAUUUUGGUGAACAACGGCGGACGUUCCCAGCGUUCUCUUUUUGUAGAUACAAGCGUUGAAGUUUAUAAAGCUAUAAUGGAACUCAACUAUCUUGGCACUGUCUCCUUAACCAAAUUUGUCCUGGACCACAUGAUCCAAAGAAAACAGGGCAAGAUUGUCACAAUGAGCAGCGUGAUGGGUGUCAUGGGAGCUCCCUUGGCGACUGGGUAUUGUGCUAGCAAACAUGCUCUGCAGGGCUUCUUUAACUCUCUUCGGCCUGAGGUUUCGGAUUAUCCUGAGAUAAGUAUAAUCAACAUCUGCCCAGGACCUGUCCAGUCACAGAUCAUCCAAAAUGUCUUUACUGAAGAAAUUUCAAAGGUUAAUAAAAACGUUGGGGACCAAUCUCACAAAAUGACAACUCAUCGCUGUGUUCGCUUAACUCUGGUUAGCAUGGCUAAUGAUGUGAAGGAAGCCUGGCUCAGUGACCAUCCCUACUUGGCAGUUUGUUACAUGUGGCAGUAUGCGCCCACCUGGGCAUGGUGGCUAUUGAACCGCAUAGGAAAGAAGCGGAUCGAGAACUUCAAGAGUGGAGUGGAUGCUGAUGUUUCUUAUUACAAAAAGUCUUCCUAAGGAAAAGGAGCAGCCCAGCUUUCUUUUGAACCUGAACCAGCAUAAGGAAGAGAGAACCUCUACUUGAAAAGUUGAUAGUUUUCUUUUGCAAAUGCUUUGGCAAGAAAUAACACUAAAGUGUGCAGUAUGACUUAUGUAUCUGUAUAAAGCUUCUGACUUGGCAGCAUGCGGUGGCUACCCAAAGAAAGUUCCUUCACUUGUUGGCUGUUCAUGGCAUUCUUCAACAUAUACACCAAUAUGAUGAUUCAAACCUUUCUUUCUUCCAACCCAUCUCCUUAAAUACUGACUGGGUUUAUGUAACACUAGCCUAUAACAUGGUUUGGUUAUGACUUACUGCAGGAAUGUGCAGCUUCCAUUGGCUUGGGACCCACACAGGCUUUUCUCAGGAUGUCAGGGACUGUACUUCUACAGUGGAUUGGCCAGGAUCCAUUUUCAGGGGUCCCAUGGAUGCCUUAAGCCUCUGUAAUGUUUAAAGUGCUUAUUUUACCCAGUUAAACCCCCCCUUCCAAAAUGCAAAAAGAGCAAUAUUUUUGGCCCCACCCAGUCAGGAGAGGGACUGGGGAUGGGAAGAUGGAUGGCAAUGGGCCACAAGCAAGACCCAGCCACAUUCUUAAUGUGCUAUAUGAACCGUGGUGAUGGUUCUCUUAGUAAAUAGCUAAGUAUAAUAUAUGAACUCAGUAACUGUUUUGAAGCCUUUAGUUACACUUAAAAAAAACACGGUUGCUCCAUUUAAACCUUUCGUAGAAUAACUUCUUAAUGACUUGGGGAGAAUCAAAACUCCCAUCUGCUAUUUCCAGCUCAACACUGAAAUACUGAAAAUUUAACGAUGCUUGGAGUUACACUGUAUGAUUUACAGUUCUACUGACUGCAGGUGAAUGGAAUUCUUUGUCGUUGUGACAGAGGAAACUAAAUGCCUUUUAUAAUACCUCUCCCACAAGCAGUACAGCCCUAUGAGGAUGCUAAAUCUGUUUUGCCAGGUUCCUCACACCUACAAACCUGGGUGUCAGGUAGUAUAUUUGUCUCCCAUUGUGACCUGGCCUGCUUUUUUGUGUAGCCUCACCGACUUCUUCUGUUGACCUCCAUUUUUUUCCUCAUAGGUAGGUAGGUAGGAUUUGUUUCUAAGUAGGAGCAUGGUGGCAAGUUUCUCUGCCUCUCUGUUGCACAAGCACAUUGGAAACUUUUCCACCUGUCAAAUAUUAUUGAAACGUGACAUCUCUUUCCCCUAACAUUCAAUUUGUAAUUCUUAACAAAUGUUUCUUUUUCAAGAUUGAACAGACAUUAAAUAUUUUUCAAGUAUCCCUUUCAUAAUACAAAUAUACAAUGUGUACAAAUGAAGAAAAUAAACUUGUGCUAUAGCA